AUGGAGCCCCCAAGAAGCACGGAAGAAACUAAUAUCAAGGCUGAUCUUACGCUGAAGCAAGAGAAAGAUGAUCGAGGUGGUUCCCGUCAUGUUCGUCGAGGAUUCCUAUCCUUUCUGUGUUUUGUCCCAGCAAUUGAAGAUCCGCGAAAAUAUCCCGCGGGACGCAAGUGGUUCUUGACGGCCAUAGUGGCAGGGGGAGGAUUGGUCGUGCCUCUGAGCAGUGGUGUCUUGUUCCCCUGCCUCAUCAUGAUCGCUGAGGAUCUUCAUACGACCGUCUCCGUGGUGAACCUGUCUAUUGCCUUUGGUUCUCUCUCUGUCGCCAUUGCACCUCUCUGGUGGUCACACCUGGCAGAACUCUACGGUCGUCGACUAGUUUACCUGCUCUCCUUCUUCUCCCUUGGCCUUUUCAGCAUCCUGGCCGCAAUCAGCCCUAACAUUGGCAUGUUUGUCGCAAUGCGACUCCUCAGCGGCGCCGCCAGCGCAUCCCUCCAGGCUGUCAGCGCUGGUACCAUAUCUGAUAUGUUUGAGGCGCAGGAACGAGGCAAAGCCAUGGGCGCCUUCAUGCUCGGCCCUAUGUUCGCUCCCAUCAUCGGUGGUGCGCUGGUCACCCGGUGGAGCUGGCGCAGCACGCAGUGGUUCAUGGUGAUCUACGGGUGGGCUGUGUUUCUAGUCAUGGUGUUCCUCAUGCCAGAGACUGCGACGAACCUUGAAGAGAACCAGCACAACGAGCGGGCCAAGUCGACAAGACCCGCGACAAAAGUCGUGAAUCUCUUGCUGGAACCCAUCCAGGCGGCGACCUUGCUGCAGUACCCGCCCAUCCUCAUCACCGUGUAUUACACCAGCAUCGUCUUCGCAACGUACUACCUCCUCUGCGUCUCCAUCGAAGAUACCUUCGCCUUACCGCCGUACUCGUGGAGCUCGGUCAUCGUUGGAGUCGCGUAUAUCCCCGGCGGCCUGGGACUGCUCUUUGGUGCGAUCAUCGGCGGCCGCUGGCAGGAUUAUAUCAUGAAACGGACAGCGCAGGACGAGGGACGCUUCGACGACGAGGGCAAUCUCAUCUUACACCCAGUCGACCGCCUCGGCGAGAACUGCUUGCUGGCGGGUAUUCUCUUCCCGGGGGCAUUGUUGUGGUGGGGGUGGACGGCCGACAAGCAUGCAUUCUGGCUGGUGCCGUUGAUCGGCAACUUCUUCUACGGCUUCGCGGGAAUGAUCCUCACCAAUGUGACCAUGACGAUGCUGACGGAGUUCACACCCAAGAGGUCAACUAUGGGCAUUGCGGUGAACAAUCUGAUGCGUAACAGCUUGUCCUGUGUGAGUGCGGUGAUAGCGCAGCCCCUGUUUGAUGCCAUUGGUACUGGCUGGUCCUUUACGGCAGCCUGUCUCUUCUGUCUGCUCAGUGGGAUACCUUUGAUUCUGUUGCGAAUCAAGCGGGAAGAGUGGAGUGCGAGGAUGAAGGUGGCUCUGGGGGAUAUGCAGUAG